UCUGUUCUCAUUGACAGUAAAAGCAGAAGUUCACCAGUCCAACAUAGACUCUGAGAACAACAAGGUUAACUUCUGUUAUUAGCAAGUGUCAGAUUUAAAAAAUGCUUUUCGGCGAAAGAUUGUGUGUCAAGUUUGGACUCUCAAUUUGAGGACAUGUUUCUGCAUGGUGAAGAUCCCAUUCUCGAUUGUCCCUCCGAUUCUGAUUGGGAGCCCCCACUGCCAAGGAGCUGGUAGCUGCUUCUGAGAUGGAACAGAUGCCAGCAGAGGCAGAGAGCGCCAAACUCCCCGGCACCUCUUCUGGAAUGUUGACCCGGUCUGGAGAGAAGCAUCACCAUCUGGAGAGGCAGAGGGAGGUGACUAGGGCACUGGUCAUCAAGAGUUCUCCAGAUGAAUUUACACCUGAAAUUCAUGAUCAGGACAACAGGGGAGAGUACCGUUUCCAGUGCCCCCAUGCAGGUCUGUUCCAGUGCAGUAUAACAGGCCUGGUGUUUAGGAUGGAGGGAGAGGCAGAGGUGCUCUAUAUGACAGUCCCCUGGGACAGGAUGCUUCUAUCCCAGAGAGGCAAGAGACCUGCAGGACCCCUGUUCAAGUUUACAUGCCUUAAGGGGUCUGUCAGUCAACUACACCUUCCACACUGUGAGAUUCAUUCUGAGGGUGGAUGUGACUUCCUGUCUGUAGCCCAUGUGACUGAUGAUGACAGUAUGGAGUUUCUCCAUCACCAUGAGACAAGAGAAACUCAUGUCAUAUUAAACAUCACUCAAUUCAGCAAAUAUGGUAUCACCAAGGAUAAGGAAGCUCCUGUCUCUCCUAUCCGUGCUCUGGUGCUACUAUUUUACAAACUCCCAGAUGAUAACAAUAAUUCCACCUUAAGUGUGUUGUUGCUGCCCAGAAAUGUUGACAUUGAUGAGGUGUGUAAGACAAGGAGGACAAGGAAUGGAGACCGAGAAAUCUACAUUGAAAUAAAUCCUAACUGUAGACUAACCCGGGACCAAGAAUACACCCUCUCCACCGAUCUAACAGAUGAACAUCACAUAGAUCCACAGAAAGCAGAGUUUGUGGAUUAUGAUUCCUAUACAAACUACCUGCUGACAUUUCAGUUGCGUUUAAAAACUGUUGUUGAGGAAGUGGAUCUUCUUCUGGAAGAACAUGGCGGUCCUGAAAAUGAACGUGUAUGGAACCGCCUUGUUUCACUACCAGUUACACCUCCAGAUGGCGCUAGAGCAGCAUCCAAACUGCAUGAACCUGCUGCUCCCCUUAUGGACAUUUCAACCCACCCCCCUCAACAGGCGUCCAUUCUGCCCCCCACCUCAAUGAAGCUGGUAGCCGCUUCUGAGAGGGAACAGAAGCCAGCAGGGGCAAAGAGGGCCAAACUCCACAGCACCUCUUCUGGAAUGUUGACCCGGUCUGGAGAGAAGCGUCGCCAUAUGGAAAGGAAGGGGGCUAAGGCACUUCACAUAAGGAGAUCUUCCAUGUUAGCUGUUCUAGACCUGCUGCUGACCAGUCUGCAGGAGCUCACUGAAGAACAGCUGAAGAUAUUUCAGUCUCACCUGACUAUUGGCAGGAUGUUAGACUUUCCUCCCAUCCCAGAGAGCCAGCUGGAGAACACUGACAGACAGGACACAGUGGAUCAGAUGGUGAAGAGAUAUGGCCCUGAGGGAGCUGUGGAGAUCACAGUGGAGAUCCUGAGGGAGAUUAAUCAGCAUGAUCUCGCUAAGAAGUUACAAAGAGAUCACAGAGGAAAGAAAUUGAAAAAAGGAAAGAAAUUGAAAAAAAUUACACCACCUGUUGGCAAUGCAGCAGUUUUUAAAGGGACGAAAGCAAAUGUUUCUUAUCUGCUGCUGGGCACUCUGGCAGAGCUGGUUUCAGAAGAGCUGACGUUAUUUCAGUGGCACCUGAUUCAUGGUGUGGAGGGCUUUACUUCAAUCUCACGGGGCCAGCUGGAGAACGCUAACAGACUGGUCACAGUGGAUAGGAUGGUGCAGCAAUACCACGAGGACGGUGCUGUGAAGAUCACACUGGAGAUCCUGAGGAAGAUGGACCAGAACAAAAUGGCUGAUGAGUUAGAGAAGAAGUUCCCAAACAAUGUCUGAACUGUAAACAGUGUGUCUACAACUCUAUAUGCAUUCGCACAUCAAGUCUUCUCUUGAGAUGGGCUCGGGGAUGGAACAACUGUUGAACAUCUGUGGUUGUUUGUGGGGGAAGGGUGGAUAGUGUUUGUGGGUGUGGGUGUGGUUGUUUGUGGGGGAAGGGUGGGUAGUGUGUGUGACUGUGGGUGUGGUUGUU